GAUCCGAAUUACAGGACGCUGAUAUUUCUCACACUUUUUGCCACAUUUUAUUGACUAAAGACAUAAAUAAGUUUACGUUUAUGGCUAGAUUUUUCACGGAAUAUCAGCAGCAUGUCAUCAGAUCCAAUGGACCGCGACAGAAAUGGCAGACGAAGGAGGAGACGUGGACGAAAGGAAAGGGACCGUGAAAGUGAAUCAAGAGAGACAACUCCAGCGCCAGCAUCCCAGCCGUCGAGCAUGUCCAGGACUCCAAUUAUUCUAGCUAAGCCAGCACCAGAAAGGAGAUCCUCUGAAGAAACCAUUCCGGUGAUUGCCAAAGCACCAGAGAAACCUAUCGUCAUGGUGAAACCAAGAGAAGAGAGCAAAAUGUCGCCUGUGAGCACCCAGAUCAUGUCCUCGGCCAUGAGCAUGGAGUCGCUGCAUGCCACUCCUGGAUAUCGUCUCCAGAGACCUGUAGCUUCAUCAAGUCCAACACCGCUAGUGUCAUCAGAGAGUUCUCUGCAGUCACGCCUUGCCGUGCCAGCUGACAUGCAGCACAGCAUCAAACUGGUGGAUGAGUCUCUCCAGUGGUGUGAGAAUGGGAUGGAGAUCUUGUUGGACCAGACUCACUAUUAUGUGAUCGGCGUCAUUGGACCACAGGGAGUUGGAAAGUCUACCAUCAUGUCUCUCAUUGGCGGAGCGAACUUAGAUGACAUCAACAAACCUUGGCCAUUCCGACCACAGAGCAGAGAAGUGAAAGAAGUUUGUGGUCACCAGACGACAGGAAUCGACAUGUAUGUGACUGGUGAGAGGGUGAUCCUCCUUGAUGCCCAACCAGUGCUGAGUGCCUCUGUCCUCGACUACAUGAUCCACCAUGACAAGAAGUACCCUGCAGAAUACACUGCGGCUGAGAACUGCCAUGAAAUGCAGUCUCUUCAGAUGGCGGCUUUCAUGUAUACAGUGUGUAACGUUGUGCUGGUUGUGCAAGACUGGUUCACUGAUCCAUUCCUUCUCAAGUUUUUACAAACAGCUGAAAUGUUGAAACCACCGACUCCUUCUAGCGGCCAUGAGAGUAAUGCAAGUCAAGACGAUACGCCGGAAUAUUAUCCAAAUGUUGUGUUUGUUCAGAACCGAGCGAGGAGAUCUGAUUUUGGUGGCGGGAGUUAUAACACGAUGCAGCAGACUCUGGCCAAGGUGUUUGAGAAGUCGAGAUUACGCUACAGAGGGAGCAUGUCGAUGGGUAAUCUCCUGCCUGGGUUGAACCAGAAGACUGUCCCGGGGGACGUUAACGUCUUCCUCUUGCCAGCGUUUGACAAUACGGAAAAAUGGGGAGACCCGAUCUCCAGUCUGCUGCCAGAAUACCGUGGGCACCCUGGCUUUGACUUCUUAAUGCGAUCGUUCAAGAAUCAACUCUUCUCGAUGCCAAGAUCUAUGCUCACGCAUACCACUCUGACUGAGAAGAACUGGUUCCAUUACGCUGCAAGGACAUGGGAAGCGGUCAAGAAGUCCCAGCUUUUCUCGGAGUAUAAUCGUCUUCUCCCGUGAAGGUUUACAAAUCGUACAAUGGCGUAACUUCUAGAUAUCAUGUUGGCAACAUGAAACAGGCUCCAGAGUCGCUGAGUAACAGAUGAGAAAAGAAAGUGGUUGGAAAGUUUCCCAUGCUCUGAGUUUUCUUCCGUUGUGAAAGGGACUUGUUGGUAACUUUGAAUGAGACAUAUUCAAGACCAGUGGUUUGCAAAACUUCAGGACUUUCAAACAGCAAAUAGAGUUUCCUUAGAAUGAGAUACGCUAUGCUUAUUCUUCCAAGAAGUCACAUCAGCCACUAUGUGAAUCUUGUUCACCUAGUCCUGCUCAGGAGAAUACAACGUUGGAAAGACAACUGAUGUGUGGUAUAGAUUCCUGUUCAUUUAAUAAAUCAACUCGUA